AUGACGACCACCAGCACUACGAAACUCCACAUUAUUUAUUCUCCUCAUCAACGAUCGUCCUGCCGAUUGCAUCAAGCGCGAUUGUCGGAAUCCGACAAGGAUCGUCUGUUGUUUGGUGAAGUCGGUUUGACGGCCUUUAUUGUGGCCGAAAUGCAAGACUUUGUCGAAACGACCAUGGUGGAAUUCGAUCAAGAACAGCGCUACGGCAUCAAAUGGGAAAUGACGGACGAGGACAAACGGCAGGCGGGCAUUCUACUACUAGACAAUGACAAUACUACAUGUACUACAGAAGAACAUGCUGACUACUUGGAGAGUCAGACAGCAUUUGCUCAAAAUGGAACCUUGGCGGUGGAGUUGUUGUGCACAACGACCCAAACGGCGUUUCAAGAAGGAUUUCGACAAACGGGGUUAUUGUCGGCGUUGGGGUCGGCCAUUUUGUACUUUCGACAAUACUACCGGACACCGGCCGUAUUGGCCGCCUGCGAACGAGUGGGAUUGAGCGACUACCAAGUCGCCCAUCACAUUACGGACAUGUACCAUCAUCGGACCUUUCGGGGAGCCUACACCAAGACAUUGGCCGCAUCGGGAAAGGGAGAAAUUGCUGCACGGCGGGCGGUAGGACUGGACCAAGAACCACAACAACAAACAGAAGAAGAAGACGUAGAGGACAAUGACGAAUGUCUGUUAUGGUCGCCCACCACACCCGGAGUUUGCUUGCAUUGGAAAUCAGAAGACGAAGCUUGGAGAACAAAACGAUUCGAACGGAUUCAAAUGGAAGGGACACGAGAUCCCAGGAGAGGUGGCAGUGGCACCACUCGAUAG